CGAAAAGUCCAAGGAUCUUGUGUGCGGCAUCCCAGAGCUGGUGCGGUAGUCCAUAGUACAUCAGGAUAUAUAUGUGUCCCACAGUCUUUGACCGGUCAGUCACCGCUAUUCGGCGAACUCGCUAGUUGCCUGUUGUUUGCUUCGUUUGAGUAUACUAUAGUAUGCCUCCGCAGUAUUUCUCCCAGGCAAACGUGCCCCUACCAGGAAUCGAACCGAACGCAUCGAAGGAUGAUGGUAUUCUUAUCAACCCUCCAUUCAAACGCCUAUUCCUAAAUUGUUGGGCCUUGAUCCCAUGCGUUAACUGGCGAAAAGAGAGAGCGGCCGACGACGUUAAGGAUAGAGGGCAUGAACAAACAACAUCGCAGCCCUGGCGAUGUGACUCUUGGGAAUACAUAUUCAAAAUAGAAAACUCCAUUCCCACAUCCUCUGCAUCGAAUCCCAAGGCACGCGUAAAAGUCAACGUGGAGUGGGUCGACACCCUAUAUGAUGUGAAGCCCAUCCCAAAUCGAAAAGGAUCGAGCUACUUCUUCUCGCUUCCCUACCUGUGCUGCGGUACACAAUACUAUGACGGGUCCCUACUGGGUGACCACUUCACGCACCACCACUCGUCUGAAGACCGCGUCGAAAAGUGUACUCCGGCUCUAUGGUUUGAGAAUACACGUAAGCAGCAGGCGAUCGAUGCUCCUCCUCGACUUUCCAAUCCUCCGAAGAACGAUGCAGAGGCCAAAGAUUGUAUGAUAGGAUCCCAAAUGCGCGCCUGAGAAACCUGAUCUCGCAUUUGACACGGCAAUAGUUGAAUUUCUGAGCUAUUGCUUAGAGCCGGUCGAAAAUGCCUGGAGGUUCUUGAGUUGCCUUAGUGCAGAU